CCCUACCUAGGGUUUAAGCAUUCUGAUUCUGCUUCUGCCAGAAACCGACACCUCUUCGUCGAAGAAACCAUGUUUCCAGGAAUGUUUUUGCGUAAGCCAGACAAGGCUGCAGCGCUGAAGCAACUGAAAUCUCAUGUCGCCAUGUUCGGUGCUUGGGUCGUUGUAAUUCGAGUCACCCCUUACGUCCUCCACUAUCUCGUCGGAGAGAAGGAUGAGCUCAAGCUUGAACUCUAGAUUCUGAUCCCCAGGUUCUCAGUUGGCCUUGCGAAGAAGGACGGACUUGGGUCGUGGAAGUAAUUUUUGGGAUUGAGCCAUCAUAUGUUAUGAGUUGAAUUAUGUAUAUUUUCAUUUAUUAAGGUGGCCAGCCGCGUAAUGGGGCUAUUUGACAAUUUAAUGUAGUGAAUCUGGUUAUUCUGUGAUAAGUCGUGAAGAAGAGUUUCUUCAUA